AUGAAACAGCAACCAUAAAAUUUUGAACUAAAGAAUAAUUAAAGAAAAUAGUAAUAAAUCGAUCUUGAGGAACCUUAUGGAAAAACUGCCAUUGAAUUAUUCUCUCAAGAAACAUAAGUGAGGAAUAGAGAAAAACUGUCUCCAAUAAUUCAAUCAAAUUUAGGACAUCAAGAAUAAUUAAUUUUGCAAUCUAAUACACCUCAACAACUUAUAACUCCUAAAAAUGAGAUAAUGACAGAAAGAUUGUAAACAUUUGGUCGUGUUGACUUAAUCAAAUAAUCAAAAUCUUUUAGAAAACUUGUUGUUUAUUUCCAUUAAAAAGAUUUCAUCAAAAUGCUAUUAAUGCCAUUUAGAAUAUCAUCUAGUUUUACAAUAUAACACUUUAAUUUAAUUAAUGAUUUAAGUGCCUCCUACAGAAACUAUAUUGGGAGAACAAGUAAUGAAUAAUAGAAGAAAUUAAUUCAUCAAUACAUCUCACUAAUUGAUAUUCGAAUUUAAUUAAGGUUGAAAUUCAGAAUGAUUAAGACAAAAUGUAAAUAGUAUCUAACACAUCUACAUAAUCAGAUACCUUUAAUUGAGCCAAUGAGCAAUACAAAAUUCUUUUGGGAUUUGAUUUGUUUUGGUAUUAGGAUAUAUCUAAUAGUGGUGAUUCCUGUAAUUAUGGCAUUUCAUGGUUAAAAUUUCAUCUCAAAAUAAUUAGGACCAUUAUUGGUUUUCUCAAUCACAUUGAUAUUCGAUAUUAUUACUCGAGCUUUUACGAUUACAUAUGAUUAAGGAUUACCUAUCAGAGAUAGAUACUUACUCUUUAAAAAAUAAUUGAAUUUUUCAACUGUUUUAGAACUAUUCAGUUUCAUUUAUACAAUAGUAAUAACUUUAUCAGAACAUGAUCCUAUUGAUAAAUAUAUUCUAAAUGAAGGAUGGCCUAAAUUUUUAUUGAGUUUAUUGUAUAUUUAGGCUUUCAAUAUAUUGAAAUAUAUUGAUAUUUCACAAUAUUCACUAAAAUUAAGUCGAAUGUCAACUUCAAUUGUAGAUUUAAUAAAAUUAAUUGCUUUGAUAUUACUAGUCUAGCAUAUAUUUAGUUGUGUUUGGCUUGUAUUUGGGGCUUAUUCAAUUGGAAAUUAUGAAAAUUCUUGGUUAAAUCCUUUUUAAAAUGAUGAUUGGUCACUUUAAUUUCUAUAAUCAUAUUACUUUAUUUGUGUAACAACUUUCACUGUGGGUUAUGGUGAUUUAACUCCAAAAAGUAAAUAUUUAACAUUAUAAAAAGAUCCUCCUGAAUAGAUCUUCACUAUAAUCUAUAUGUUCUUCUGUAUGCUUUUAUUUUCUUACACAGUUAAUACUAUUGGCUCUAUUUUAACACAAAUUAAGGAAAGUAGUGAUAAAAUUAAAUCAAAAUUAACAGCAAUAAAUUAAUAUAUGCACAAUAAAUCAAUUAGUCCAGCUUUAUAAUUCAAGUAAUUUAUAUAAAUUAUUAUUUUAAGAGUAAGAGAAUAGCUAUAUUUCUAUUUAAAAUAAGAAAUUAUUUAAUAAGUUAAUGAGUAAUCAGAAAUCAUAUAAUUGCUUCCUGAAGACUUAUAACAUAGUUUAAAAAUAGAAGCUGCUAAAUCAUUACUAAAUAAAUGCUCAUUUUUCAAAGAUAAUUUUUCAAAUGAGAUUCUAAAUUAAUUAUUAGACUAAGUUAAUUUUUAAAUGUAUUAGCCUGGAGUGAUUAUUAACUCAAAAGAAGAGUUCUAUAUUAAUAUAAUUGAACAAGGAUAAGUAGAUGUGAUGUAUAAAAAAGUAUAAAUGUUAAUUAUAUUCUAGAAAAUAAUUCAAACAUUGGAAAGGUAUGAUUAUUUUGGUUUGGAAGAAUUUAUUAGUUAACAGGCUAAUCCAAACAUUACUUUUAAAAGUACUUCCUUUACAAGUGUGCUUUCAAUUUCUUAUUCUUAUUUUCAGAAGAUAUUAUCCUAAAAUGACCUUGAAAACUAAAAAUUUCAUAAUCUUUUAACUUCAUCUUCUAAUCUUUCUAAUUUUUGCUUUGUUUGUAAAACUAAAUCUCAUACAACAUCAAUGUGCCCUUUAGUUCAUUUUGUUCCUAGUAAGGAAGUUGUAAUUAAGAAGUAUCUUUACAGAAAAAAAUAAAAAAAACGAAUCUCUUAGGAGAGAAAAUUAAGAAUUGUCUUUGUAAAUUAAAUAGAUGAAUAAACUGAAGAAAGUAAAUUAAAAUAAAUAAAGUUUUAAAAUGCGAAAAAACAUUAAAAAAUGAUUAUGGAAUCUGUGAUAAAAUUUAAAAAUGAUAAUUUAUUCUAUUUGGAAUAAUUAUUUCCUAAUUUUGAGUAACCUCUUAGUGCUGACAGUUAAACUGAAUCAGAAAAUGAAAACCCUGAUGAAUUAAAAGAUUAAAGCUUUUCAGAAUAAAAUUUUAAUUCUAGAAAAAACAGUAAAUAAAUUCAUAAUUUUUCAUCUAAAAAUUUACUUUAAUAUAAGGUGAUUCAAAAAUUAAAAAAAGAAAGAUUAAGUAAUUAAAUCUAAUAAUAAUCCCCACUUUUAAUGGUAUCUCAAUUUGGCUAAGUAAGUCCAACUGCUUAAUUUACAAUAAAAUAAAAUCCAAAAUAGAUCAUCAAAGUUAGAUCACUUGAAAUAGAGUAGUUUAUAGAAGAAAUUAAUAUUUUCGAUGAUUUGAGAACUAAAAUGAAUAAUUUAGUACUUUUCCAAAAAAAGGAGUAAGAGUAAAUUGAAUUUUGGUAUAAGAAACUUUCUAAUCUCAAAGAAGAUCUCAAUGAUAUGGCGAAUUUUGAAUAUUUAAAAAAUUAUGAAAUUUUCAAUAGACAAUGGAAUGUAGAUAUAGUUGUUAAAAAGACAACUUCAAAACCUAAAAAAUUUAGAGGAUUAAAAAAACUUAAGAGAUAUCUAUUAUAUCCAUAUCUCUUUAUUAAUAAGUACUUAGAUUAAAAAGAUCUAAAUGAUGGUUCUAAAACAUUGGAUAAAUCAAAAAGAAAAAGUUAAAUUUAUAUUAAUAUUAAUAGGACCUACAAAACCUAAGGUAAAUAAGAAGAGUCGUGUAAUUCCUAAAUCAUGA